AUGCGCGUCGCGCCGGGCCAAUUUCGGGGCGGCGACGCGCCUUGGCGCGCCGUCUCGUGGGGUGAACGAGGCCAUUGGGAGUUGGGGGGUGUGCGGGUGUCGGCCGCCCUGGCAGCGCCGUGUGGCACCGGAUGCGGCGCGCUCGCCACGGUCGCCCGUGGGAUGCGCGUCGCGCCGACGGCGCCCUAA